AUGUCGGACCCAAGCACCUCUCAGCAGCAGCCACCGCUACCAGCGCCCACCGAGGCAGCGCCGUCGCCCGCUGCACCGACGGCGGACGCGACUAGCAACGCCGAACGCAAGGCACGCAAGGACGCAAAGCGGGCCGCAAAGGCACAGGCGCAGGCAGCCAGAGCAACCGCGACUGCCACCGCCGCGACGGGUUCCAGCUCGACGCUCGACGCCGACGCCGAGCCGGCCAAAAAGGCACCGCACCGCAACGACCCACGCUCGCAGCCCGUCGACGUGCAGCUGUCCAAGGCGCUCGCCUACAUCCUGCGCCACGGCGCCCUCAAAGAGGGCCUCGAGAUCCGCCCGGACGGCUUCAUCCGCCUCGACGACGUCCUCGCACGCCCGCGCCUCAAGAGCCUCAACAUGGCACAACCCGGCGCAGCCAAGGCAAAGAGGCCCGACCUCGACGACGUCCGGAAGAUUGUCGAGGACAACGACAAGAAGCGCUUCGAGAUCGCACAACACGACGGCACCUGGCUCAUCCGCGCGGUGCAGGGCCAUUCGCUCAAGGAGGUGACGGCGCUGUCGCACGUCGAGCUGACCCUCGACAACCUGCACCUGCUGCGACCCAACGUGCCCUUUCCUGCCUCGUCGAGCGACGGCGACGAAGCGCUCGAGUCUCGACUGGCGGCGACCCAGCUCGAGCCGGGGCAAUCGCAGGGAGGCAGCGACGACGGCGAGGUGCUCGUCAUCCACGGGACGGACGCGGCGGCGUGGGACAGGAUCCGCCAGAGUGGCGGGCUGAGGCCCAUGACGCGCAACCACAUCCACCUGGCCAAGGGCAAGCUGGGCGACGAGGGCGUCAUCUCCGGCAUGCGCAAGUCGGCGUCGCGGCUCGUCUUUGUCGAUAUCCGUGCGGCGCUGUGGGAUGGCAUCCCGUUCUUUCUCUCGUCAAACGGCGUGGUGCUGACGCCCGGCAAGGUGCCCGAGGGGACGCCGCAGCAGGCCGUCGUGCCGUCUGCGACCGAGGCAAGUGCAGAGGAGCAGCAGGACAGCGCGAAGGGGGCCAAUCAGGGUGGUCAAGGGCGGCGGGGAGGAGGCGGAGCUCGGCGCGAGGGAGAGGGGGAGUCCGAGGGGGGCAAGGGUCAGCUGCCCCUGGGCUACAUUGUGCGGGUCGAGGAUGCCAAGGGCCAGGUCGUCUGGACGCCCUGA